AUGAACGCAAGGAGUACUCCAGGCACUCAUGAACAUUUUCAAACCUCUAUUCGGGAGGUUAACAUUUCUCCAUCCCAAACAAUUUUUCAUCAUUUUUCAGUCGCGAACCCUAAAAGUGACGUCGAUUCUGGAAAGGCCAUACGUCAUCGAAAAAUUCUCACCAAAUGGCAAAACCAUCUAUGAAGGAUUCUGUGUGGAUCUGCUCGAUAAAUUGGCAGAAAUGCUGCAUUUUGAUUAUCAGUUGAAGAUUGUGAAGGAUAAUAAAUAUGGCGAGCAGAUCAACGGGACUGAUCAAUGGGACGGCAUGAUUGGAGAGAUUUUGAGAGGGGUUCGUUUCCGAAUUUGGGCUUGAAAUUUGAAUUCUCAAGGACGCCGACAUGGCGGUCGCUCCAAUAACGGUCACUGCAACUCGGCUAGAAGUCAUCGAUUUCACUGACCCUUUCUUACAACUUGGAAUUUCGAUGUUAAUGAGACAGCCCGGUCAUAAAUCGACUUCUUCUUUGACUCGGUUCCUUUAUCCGCUUUCUGAAAGGUGAGCUGACUAAAGUUCGAUCACUUAAGAUUCACUACUGCAAUAGUACAACUAGUAGUUAAAAACUUGUAUUGAUGUGUUCGCACUUGGAAUGACUCACAAAUAAGUUUUCAAUGGGCUUUUCUCCAGGAGUUUCAACUAGAAAAAGUCACUUUCAACAUUUUAAUUGGGUCUUUCUCAUAUCAUUCUAAGUUUUUAUUAGUCAAUUAGGGGAAAUAUUCAGUUGUCAAAAAAUUAUUUUGAAAAAUAGGCGAAAAGCAAAGAAAAGCUUCCUUUUCCCUGAACUUCUUACGCAAACCGUAUUUAGUCGGACGCAUGCAGUUUUUGACCAUUUUUCCGCGUUUCCGACUCCAAAAUUAUAAACGUUCAGUGUCUGGAUCUACUCCUUAAUCGCUACCGUCCUAACUUCUCUAAUAGUUAAUCUGGCCGCAGUUUUCUCCCAAAAAGAAUCCGCAGCAGAAUUCAAUGUUCUGAAUUCCGUAUGGUACCUGGUCUGCAUAUCUCUUCGAGCUGGUUCCGGUUAUAACUGCCAGGCGGGAGCUACAAGGUUUUUCUUCGAGUUUUUCUUAGAGAUCCUUUGUUUUCAGGUUCAUUUCAACGGUUUGGUUCACUUUCACGCUGAUUCUGAUCGCUCAGUACACUGCGAACUUUGCUGCUUUGCUUACGAUUGACAGGAAAUCCAUGCCUUUUCAUGUAAGUAUUCAGUUCCAUUUGAAUUGGUCCUAAUGAUACAUGCAUUGAGACUGGAAUAGUAGACCUUUUUUUUUACUUUUUUCUUUCCCUCGAAAAUUAAAAAUUUAAGAGCUUCGAAGAGCUCGGAAACCAAAGUGACUACAAUUUCGGAGCGAUUCUGGGAGGCUCCACGAUGCAGUUUUUCAAAUAUUCUCGGAUCGAAACCUUCAGUCGACUCUGGGAAAGAAUGCAAAGCGCCUCGCCUUCUGUUUUCGUUAAAACCAAUCAUGAAGGAGUCCAGAAAGUCCUGGCUGAAAAGUUCAGAAUUUUUUCUUUCUCUCAAACAACUUUUCCAUAUAGAUACGUUUUUCUGAUGGAAUCAGCCACAUUGGACUACCAAGUGACCCAAAAUUGCAACUUGACGCGGGUUGGAAAUGUCGUUCUUGGUUCGAAUGGAUACAGUAUUGGAUUGCCCAAAGGCUCUAAAUGGCGGGAAAAAUUGACGCGACAAAUUUUGGAUUUGAACGAGAAAGGCAUCAUUUUGAUGCUCAAGAACAAUUGGUGGAAGAAAACUCAGACGUUUGUUUUAUCUCAUUUUUGCAUAAAAAUAUUUAGUAGAGAACAGGAAAAAUUUAGAAGAAAAGCUUAUUUUCGUGUAGGACAUCUCUUGGAGUGUGAAAAUGGUUUUUUUGGACGUCUAGCUCAUAUUUUUAAUAUUAUUUUCAAGAGAUUCGGCUUCCUAGUAUUUUAAAAAGUUGGUAUGUAUUUCCUAAUAAAAAAACUAUCUAAUUAAAAAAAUUUAUUGGCCGUGAAUAAAUGAAUAUUCUGAAGCUUUAAACAACCUUUUGUGCCUUUUGCAGAGCACGAAAAUUUUUUGAAAGUGGUUUUCCUUUUUCCAGAGAAUGCGAAGAAGCCCUACCAUCGGACAAUCAAAUCGCCCUUGGAAUGGAAAAUGUCUACGGUCUUUUCCUCCUUCUGGCGCUCGGGAUCGGCAUCGGAUUUUUGAUUUCAGUGCUGGAAAACGCUUAUUUUGUGAUGUUGAGCAAGAAAAAAGUGCCAAAAAAGACAAAGCUGGAAAUCAGUGUUAUUUGUGAAGAUGCGUAA